CCCCKAGAACCUCGCCACUCAAGCAAACACUCGAAGCUCUUGARUCUUKCGUUGUUUUCAUCAGUAUUCUCUCUCYCCACSAUAAUGGUCAAAAUCGAUGGAGAAACGCUAUUUCCAGUGCUGAAGGCAACAGCUACCAUCGCAGUCGGAGCUUUUGCUGGGGCAUCUAUCUAUGUCAACUUGGUCGAGCACAAAGCSAGAAUGACCAUGGACACGAAAACAUGCCACAAACAGUGGUACGAAKCYYUCAACCGUGCCGCUGUUCAUCARRSCGAACUUGCUUUAGUCAGCACUACCAGCGCCAUUGGAGCCUACUUUUGUAAUCCUUCWCAAGGAAUGACCUUUUUGCUCGGUGGYUGCGCUAUGGGCAUGAUAUUCCCUUAUACUCUCUUUAUCCUGAAGCCGGCAUCAAUCGACCCGAUAUACGAUGACUAUGACAAGCUGGUCGAGAAAGAAUCGGAAGAUUUUGUGCGUCAAACUAUUGUGAAGUGGAAUAAAUAUCACGCUGUAAGGAGUGUCAUAUCUCUUGGUGUUUUUGUGGAAUUCGUGGCACAAAUUGUGUGUGAAACUCCUUUCUUCUAACAACGUGGCUCAGAUGUUAUAACAUCGCGUGAGGGUCGACAUCUUGAAUAUGUAAUUAUGUUAUUUGCGUAUUUUGUUUUACUCGUGGAUAUUAAGAUAAGCUGGGAUAUUGUAUCGCAAAAUUUUGUCGGAAAGGAUGUAAUUUUUCAACAUAUUUGCAUUGUAUGAUUACAAAUWGAAAAUCGAUUAAAAUGGCUGUAUUUAAAAA